AUGCUGGCCGAGUACGACAACUACGUGCUGGCGGACGCGGGGCUCAGCUCCAGCGACAUGGACGCCGGCGCGGUGUGCAGCAGCAGCACUGGCCACCCGGACCCGUCCUCCAGCUACCUGUACGGCUGGCACGAGGCGCAGGACGACGCCUACACCCUGACCGAGCUGGGCGACGCGGGAGGCGACGCGGGAGGCGGAGCGCCGCCGCCGCCACCCGCCUACUUCCCCGACCAGGACAUGCAGAGCCUCGGCUUGCCCUGCGGCAUGCCGGCCUGGGGCACGGAGCCCUGGCAGCAGCACGGCCCCGCGCACGCGGGCAACCCCUUCGACGACGACGCGGGCGACGCCCUGGCCGGCCUGACUCCAGGGCCCUUCUCCCCGCUGCCGCCGCCGAGCUACCCGGUCUUCCGGACGCCGUACCCGACGCCGUCGCCGGACCCCUGCUACCCGCAGAGGCUGGACCCGUUCCCCGGGUCGCUGGCGCCGCUGCCGCUCCCCCUGCACAUGAUGUCGUCGACGCCCACCCCCGCGCCGCCGACGCCGACCUCGCGGUCCGCCAAGCGGCGCCGCAACCGGAAGCCCCCGCAGCCCGGCGCCGCGCCGCCGAGGAAGCGCGAACGCUCCGAGCGCCAGCUGCACCCCUGCAAGCUCUGCGACAAGCGCUUCAAGGACAACUACUCCGUCAACGUGCACAUGCGCACGCACACGGGUGAGAAGCCCUUCCCCUGCAUCGUGUGCGGGAAGAUGUUCCGGCAGAAGGCGCACCUCGCCAAGCACCGCAGCACGCACCAGCCCGCCGACGUGCCCAUGUGGGCGGAGGGCAAGUGCAAGGCGCCCAACGUGUGGACGCCCAGCAUCAUGUCGCCGGCGCUCACGUCGUGA